CAAUAUGUUCUUUUUUUGUAAUUAUGAUAUUAUAGGGGGCUUAAAUUAACUUUCCCACUUUUGUGAAUUUAUCAGUGUGCCUCGCCGCUCUCUGUUCAGUGCUACUUAUAGAAAGUACGCGUGGCCUCCGCCGCGUUUUCCUUCCAGAACUGUCACACACUUCUUACUCCAGCACUUUCCUCUUUAAUUAGAUAACUCAACCAAUAGUCUCCGAAUUACAAAAACAAGAACUGGAAACACUACUUUUCACUCUCCCCAACCAAUUCACCAUAAUAGAAUAUCUCGACGCCAACCAUGUCUCUGAGCAACAAUAUUACAGCUUUCUUGAACUUUGUGGCAUUCAUGUGUUCCAUUCCUAUAAUCGCCGCCGGCACGUGGCUUGCUUCUAAGACGGACAACGAAUGCAUUCACUGGCUCCGUUGGCCCGUUGUUUUCAUGGGUCUCGCCGUUAUGUUGGUUUCUUUAGCUGGUUUCGUCGGUGCUUAUUGGAAAAAAGAGGGACUUUUAGGUGUCUAUUUGGUGUGUAUGGCUAUUCUUAUCAUUCUUCUCCUUGUCCUCUUAGUUCUUGCAUUUGUGGUUACGCGCCCCAACGGCGCGUAUUUGGUGCCCGGUAGAGGUUACAGUGAGUACAGGCUUGCUGGUUUCUCUUCCUGGCUCAGGAAUCAUAUUACAAGUAAUGAUAAUUGGGGGAAGAUAAGGGCUUGUUUGGCUGAUUCUAAUGUUUGUCCUAAGCUUAAUAAUGAGUUUAUUACUGCUGAUCAGUUCUUCGCUGCUCAUCUCUCCCCCAUCCAGGUAAACUAUUACCUAUUCCUUUAUUCUUCGUUUCUAAAUUUAGCCCAAGAACAGAGUAAGAUUUUCGUUCCUCUGCUUUUCAAGUUAGAUUUUUUUUUUGAGAAUUAAUUGGUAGCUCAUUAGCAGAUACCUUAAUUACCUCAAUCUUAUAAUUGCAAAGUUUGACUCAUCAAGUCAUCCCUUUUCCUCUUAGAACGGACUUUUAGCAUGUCCAGGUAACUGAAAGAAGGUUAAAACAAUCAUUUUACACACACAAAAAAACAAUUAGUAACAACAAUACGACCCGGUAAAAUGCCAUAAGUGGGGUUUGGGGAGGAUAAUGUGUACACAGACCUUACACCUAUCUGAAGGAGUAGGGAGGCUUUUUCCGAAAGACCGAAGACUAAAAAUAAUUAGUAAAAGUAAGAAUUUUGCUGAUUAUUGUGUUGAUAUAUUUCAAUUAGAUUUGCCUCCAAGAGAGGGGGGAGGGGACCUGAAGAUCAUUACUUUUGUAUUUUGUCAAAAGAGCAUGAAUAAAGUGAAGAUAAAAUAGAAGUAAUCGGUGGUUGUAGUGAGCUUGAGAAAACAAAAGAUAAAGGGCAAGGCAUGAACUAAAAUGUACUAUGAUGAAUUCAUUUCUGAAAAAUUAAUGGAGGUUUGACUUAAGUUUCUGCGCUAUUACCUGAGCAUAUUAAUUACUCCCUCCGGUCCAAAAUAAAU